AUGCCUUUUGGUGGGUUAGCAGGUUUGAAGGAACAGGUGCUUAAGCCGGGGAAGGAGGAAGUGAAGAACACAGUGGGGGACUCUCUAGGAAAACUGCAAAGGAAAAUAGAUGGUAGCAAUGUAGAGGAAGAGGACAACAUUGAACUGACAGAGGAUGGGCGUCCAGUGGCAUCAGAAAAACGUCCUGUCCCACUGCUGGACUGUAGCUGUGGUGGUCUGCCCAAGCGCUACAUCAUUGCCAUCCUCAGUGGGCUGGGUUUCUGCAUCUCUUUUGGCAUCCGCUGCAACCUUGGUGUGGCCAUUGUGGAGAUGGUGAACAACAACACGGUUUAUAUCAAUGGGACUCCAGUGCUUCAGAAAGCUCAGUUUAACUGGGACCCAGAGACAGUGGGGCUGAUCCACGGCUCCUUCUUCUGGGGCUACAUUGUCACUCAAAUCCCCGGAGGUUUCAUCUCAAACAAGCUGUCUGCCAACAGGGUGUUUGGAGCUGCCAUCUUCCUGACGUCAGUGCUGAAUAUGUUCAUCCCAUCAGCAGCGAGGGUACACUACGGUUGUGUCAUGUUUGUUCGCAUUCUGCAGGGCUUAGUGGAAGGUGUUACCUACCCAGCAUGCCAUGGGAUGUGGUCCAAAUGGGCGCCACCUCUUGAACGGAGUCGACUGGCCACCACUUCAUUCUGUGGGUCCUACGCAGGAGCGGUGAUUGCCAUGCCUUUAGCUGGAGUGAUGGUUCAGUAUGUCGGGUGGUCUUCAGUCUUUUAUGUAUAUGGUGUUUUUGGGAUCCUAUGGUAUGUCCUAUGGCUAUUGCUGGCAUAUGGAAGUCCUGCUGAUCAUCCCACAAUCACAGAUGAGGAGAGGACAUAUAUUGAGACCACCAUUGGUGAAACAAUGCACCAGCUGAGUGCGACUGAGAAAUUCAAGACUCCAUGGCGUCGUUUCUUUACCUCCAUGCCCGUCUAUGCCAUCAUCGUGGCUAACUUUUGCCGUAGUUGGACAUUCUACUUACUCCUCAUAAGCCAGCCGGCAUAUUUUGAGGAAGUCUUCGGCUUCCCCAUCAGCAAGGUGGGGCUCCUGUCUGCUUUCCCCCAUAUGGUGAUGACAAUUGUAGUACCUAUUGGAGGGCAGCUGGCUGACUUUUUACGCAGUAACAAAAUCAUGUCUACCACAAACGUGAGGAAACUCAUGAACUGCGGAGGAUUUGGUAUGGAGGCUACUCUUCUGCUGGUAGUUGGGUUUUCUCACACUCGUGGGGUGGCUAUCUCCUUCUUGGUGCUGGCUGUAGGCUUCAGUGGAUUUGCCAUCUCAGGUUUUAAUGUCAAUCAUCUGGACAUCGCUCCUCGCUACGCCAGCAUCCUGAUGGGAAUUUCUAACGGUGUGGGAACACUGUCUGGAAUGGUGUGUCCCCUUAUUGUUGGAGCCCUGACAAAACACAAGACUCGUCUGGAGUGGCAGAAUGUCUUUGUUAUUGCAUCCAUGGUGCAUUACACAGGGGUAAUCUUCUACGCUAUCUUCGCUUCAGGAGAGCAGCAAGAAUGGGCCAACCCUGAGGCCACAAGUGAGGAUAAAUGUGGCAUUAUUGAUGAGGAUGAGCUAGCUGAAGAGACAGAGCUCAACACUGAGAACAUGAUAGCACCAAAAAAGAGUUACGGAACCACAGACAAUUCAUCUGGUCGGAAACAAGGUUGGAAAAAGAAGAGAGGGGUGACCAUGCAAGAGGAGGAGGAACAUUAUGGGAAUGGGGAUUACCAGGAUCAGUACCAGUGA